CCCUCCUGCUGAAGAAAUAAACUCUUUCUCGCAAGGUGCCAGUUCCACAGGGUUUAUUCCAUAUAGGCAAGGGAUCUAUCAGGUAGCCAAAAUGCUGUUGAUGCACCUGUGCACGCUUGUGUUUAAGAUACUAACACUGCCGCUACAGAUCGCGGAGCUGGUGGGUCUAUACUCACUGUACAAGCGCGUAUUUCCGUUUUUGGUUUACAGAAUCACUUUCAAUUAUAACAGUAAAAUGAAUGAACACAAACGAGAACUCUUUCGGGCUUUGGGCAAAUUUCGACCAUCGAAUGGCACUCUGACAAUUCUGGAGAUUGGCUGUGGCACUGGGGCGAACUUUGAGCACUAUCCAACUGGCUGCAAGGUAAUAUGCACAGACCCUAACCCUCAUUUUCAAGAUUAUCUACAGAAGAACAUGGCGAAAAACGACCACCUAGUGUACGACAAGUUUGUGGUCGCAACCGGAGAGGACUUGCACGCAGUACCUGACAAUUCUGUAGAUGUGGCUGUGGUCACUCUCGUGCUCUGCUCUGUCCGCGACACUGGGUGCGUGCUGAAAGAGGCCAAACGAGUACUUCGACCUGGUGGUGCGUUUUUCUUCCUGGAGCACGUGGCCGCCGACCCCUCCAGCUGGACGUACUUCUGCCAGCAUGUUCUGCAACCUCUGUGGUACUACUUUGGUGAUGGCUGUGAAACGACUCGUCCAACAUGGGAGUGCAUCGAAAAUGCGGGAUUCAGCCAGGUGAACCUGCGGCACAUCCAGGCACCCAUCACCUUCAUUAUCAAGCCACACAUUGUGGGCUAUGCUGUUAAAUAAUCAUGCAUCAACACACCACUGCAUACACACACACAACUGCACAAUAACAGUGUUUGUAACUCAACUUGACUACAGGUAUAUUCAGCUUAGUUGUACCUGCUAAUAAAUCUCAUCAGAAAGCUUGUUCAGUUGUGUCAAGCUCCUGCAUGACAACAUCUCUCCUUGUCCGUUUAAUUCCUGUUGCUCCACCACUUUUUAAUCACAUUUGAAACAGUAGUCUUUGAUUAUGAUCCAUUAAACAAAUUUAAGCUAAUUCAGCUAAUAUGUCCGUCCAGUCAGUGUGUACAGUGUUUGUGCAGAAGUGGAAAACAAAAUGGCUUGUGCUGAGUAAUACAUUAUGGUAGCCAAUCAACAACGAGGGGUCCAUUAUUAGGGGUCAUGGUCCAACACUGCUCCAGGAGUAGUGUUUAGUUCAAGCAGUGGUGUAGUCGACGUGAUGUGCAGGACUACGCAGUUUACCCACUUAAACAGCAUCACCAUCUCAGUAUACAGGAUACGUAUCAACAUUUGGGGUUGA